UAUCAGUUAACGUGGCAGGCGCUGAACAGACUUCAGUCAAGGGCACGGGAGAAGGGCGUGCGAGAGAGGUGUGUGAGUGAGGGCUGCCCUCAACACUCUGGCUUCUCAGGUCUGAAAUUCUUUUAGGUGUUCAAAUUUCGGGAAUUUGUGUGGAGGUGCAUGCGCAGUGAGGGACAGAGCGCUCGUGGAGCAUCAAGGUUUGAAAGCUUCCAGAAAAUGUAACAGCAGCCUAUGAAGAGAACAGACGGUCCAUGUAGGGGAGAGCCUUGUGGGUCAGCAAGUGACCCCGCCCAGUGUGAAGUGACCUAUCAGACUGCUCAUGCCUUUGCGGCUCUGCCAGGAGGAAGCCCAGAGCAGGAGCUGGGCCAGGCAACAGCUGGCACGAUAUGGAGAGUCGGAACAAGAUGGAGUUUUUCCAGAAACUGGGCUACAGCCAGGAGGACGUGGCCAGGGUGCUGGGCAAACUGGGUGACAGUGCCUUGGUCAAUGAUGUGCUGCGAGAGUUGAUCCUGACCGGCAGCCGCCCAAAGGCUCAGGAGGAUCCAGCCAACAGCACCGGGGUGGUGCUGAUGGCCCGGGGGUGCUGCGGGACCCUCGAUGCCCCGCAGGGCCUGGGACCAGGCCGAGAAGAGGAUGGUGGAGACUCAGCCAGUUCCCUGCGGCCCAUAGUGAUUGAUGGCAGCAAUGUAGCCAUGAGCCAUGGAAAUAAAGAAGCCUUCUCUUGCCGGGGAAUUCGUCUGGCUGUGGACUGGUUCAGGGACAGAGGACACACCUACAUCAAAGUUUUUGUCCCAUCUUGGAGGAAAGAGCCAUCACGAUCUGACACCCCUAUCCGAGAGCAGCACGUGCUGGAGGAGCUGGAGCGGCAGGGCGUGCUGGUGUUCACCCCGUCCCGCAAGGUCAGCGGCAGGCGGGUGGUCUGCUACGACGACCGCUACAUCGUGAAGGUGGCCUACGAGAAGGAUGGCGUCAUCGUCUCCAACGACAGCUACCGCGACCUGCAGAGCGAGAACCCGGAGUGGAGGUGGUUCAUCGAGCAGCGCCUGCUCAUGUUCUCCUUCGUGAAUGACAGGUUCAUGCCUCCUGACGACCCCCUCGGCCGCCGGGGACCAACACUGAGCAAUUUCCUAAGCAAGAAGCCAAGGCCCCCAGAGCCGUCCUGGCAGCACUGUCCCUACGGCAAGAAGUGCACCUACGGGGUCAAGUGCAGAUUCUACCACCCGGAGAGGCCUCACCACGCGCAGCUGCCGGUGGCCGACGAGCUCCGCGCGCGGACGCGGGCCUGGCCAGGCGGUGGCGCCCAGGAGCCGCGGCCGGGGAGUGUCCGGAGCGGCCCCGCAGCAGCGCGCCCGCCCGCCGGGGCGCACGGCCUCCCGCCCGCGCCGCAGCCCGGCGCCCUGGCCGGCCUGAGCGGCAGCUUCUCGCGGCUGACCUGCAGCGGCCCCGCGGCCGGCGCGCCCUGGCCGCACCCGUCCCCGCGCCUCCCGGCGCCGCACAGCCCUCUCCCCCACGGCGGCCUCCAGCCAUCCAUCCGCCAGCAGGCCCAGCCGCCCGGGGGACACAGGGACUCGCCCAGUGACCUGCCAUCCCAGCGCAGACCGCCGGAAGACCCGUGGGCCCUCUUGCCCGGCUCCUACCGUUAUCCGAGUCGCUCGGCCUGGGCCGAGUCUGCGUGGGCAGAGGGCACCGCAGCCCAUGGCGCCGGAGCACGCCCUGCGCCCCGCAGCGGCUUCCCAUCUGACCAAGAGGACCCCGUGAUGGCCUGGGAUCCCGCGCUCACCCUUCUGCAGAGAUCCCACAGGACUGGCGCCCCUUUAGGGGAUCCUUAAGGGACAGGUUCAUAGCACGGCAAGGGGUGGCCCAGGCUUGACUGGCAGCUUGGAAAGGUGAUGGGAUGGAUACAAGAUGGCUGCCAACCUGGACGUGAAUCAUCUCACAUCCACCCAUGUUGGACCUCAUUUUCUUCCAAGGAAGUCAGUGGGAGACUUUCGAUUCUCCUCGGUGGUGGGUACCAGUGGGGAUCUUGGUGGUGCGCCCUGGAGCCAGGGCUGCUGCGUGGACAGGGUGAUUUCUGCUGUGUUUGGAAGGCUCUGUCCAGAGCACGUCCUAUUUGGUCAUAAGCAGCAUCUACAAACGUGUCAUAUUACCCAGACAUCACACACACACACAAACACACACACACACACACACACACACACACCACACACACACACACAUCACACACACACACACACACACACACACACACACACACGCACACAAGCACGCACGCACGCACGCACGGCCUCAAGACUUAGCCUGCCUUUUUUUUAAGUCAGCCUUUCUUUGCGGUGUGCCUACAAAAUCUUUUAAACCACACAUUACAGAGAUAAGAUUACCAUCUACCCACCACCACCUCAAAACAAACAAACAAACAAACAAACAAACAAAAAAACCAAACCGAACUCAAAACAAACAACAACCAACCGCAAGCCUCCAGGUGGCUCUGCCGGCAGGUAGAUUCUGGAGGUUUCUUGUUACUUACCUGCGCCUUCUAGACAGCAUUGGUUCCGGGUUUGCGGAGAGGAGAGGCUCAUUUUCAAGGGACAAGUAAUGAGACGGUGGUGCCAGAGCAUAACCCAGCAUUCUUGGGGACUCCGGCAUCUCCAGGCAGCACCCCAUGUUCUGCUUCCAAUGGUAGCCUGCCAAGGUUGUACCUCAUUUGUUCAUGAGGGACUUGGUAACUCACUGGUCGGGAGCUCAUGAAGGCCCUGCCAGGAGAAUGUUUGCCAAAGCCUCCAAGCGCCUUUGGUGUGGUAGGUGCAUUGGGAAAAGGCCACGAGGCCGCGUGUAUUGUUGGAACAGCAAUGGUAUGCCUCAGGGGGAAUGCUGGUGUGGCAUUCAUGGUAGAACUGACUCAUUGGCACCAGGGCAGUCAUAAUGGCUUCUUCUAAAACCACAUUCUUAGUACGGCUUUUUGCAGCUCUCUCCCCACCCCCUUUGGGAAGUGGACACCGCUCUCACAGUGGUGCUUUCCGCCCUGAGUCCCCUGUCCUGAAGUGGGUCUGCCCUCUCUAGAGCCUUCAGAUACUUUCCCUCUCCAUGUGUGUGUCUCCUUUCCGCAAGACAGCUAGACUGUUAGAGCCGCUGCUUGAUUCCUGGGCUCUGUUGCUUGCUGAGAAUCAAUGCACUGCAAAUUUACCGUUGGAAACAUUGAAACUGCUUCCUCUGAGCACAAGUGUGAGUUUUAGUAAGCUGUAAAGCUAUUUUAUUUGGUUUACUGUGAUUAAGAAGGCGAAGGGGGAAAAUGGAAAGGCAUGGGACAGCACAUCUCAAAUGUAAUCACCUUUGGAAAAUUUCCGAAGUCUUAGUAUGUCUUUGUGACACAAAACCAUGAUGAAAAGCAUAAACAUCCUAGUUAGAGAGAUGUUAACAGGCUCCAAAAAUAAAUCACUUUUUCCACACCUGGA